AUGAGUCGCGUUGUCACCGGUGUGUCCGACGCUUUUGAAGAAAAGUGUUGGGCGGCAAUGCUCCAUGACAACAUGGAUAUCUCAAGGCUGAUGGUUCAUGCUCAACAAGUUGAAGAAUCAAUACGUACGAAGAAGAGUAGAGAGGUAAAGAGGACAAGGUUCGAUGAUGGUAAUUCUUCUAAGGGUAAGUUUGAGGGUCAAAGUGGACCAAGGUUCAAGAAGAGGUUUUCCAACCAAGGCUACUACAAUGCUCCAAGACCCAACAAAUAUAGGGUGUCUAACCCUAAGCCUCAAGGAGGCAAUAGGGGUGGAUCUUCCAUGGAGAGACCUGCAUGUGCCAAGUGUGGUAAGAAAUAUGAGGGAAAAUGUCUUACCGAAAUGGGUGUGUGCAAUGGAUGUGGUAAACGCGGUCAUCAAUUGAAAGAAUGUCCAACUCGUGCGGCCGAGGGGAAAGAGAGUCACCAAGCUCUUCCAAGUGGUUCUAAUGUCGAUGCUCCCAAGAAGAAUUGCUUAUAUUCUCUCCAAUCUAGAAGUGAUCAAGAAGGGUCCCCGGACAUUGUUACCGUGUCUCCCGAAGAGUUAAAAACACCUUUUUCCAUGUCUACCCCUGGUAGGUGA